UUCCAGGCGGGAAGGUCGCAUUAUCCCAGCCAAACUAGUGUCUGGUCCUUACAACACGCCUCCCCCGCGCUUGCAGGGGCAGCGGGCGGAGGCUUUUGGCUUCCCCGCGGCUCGCCGCAAGGAGUGGAGUGGACCUUUCGUGCUUCGCGCCCACGGCUAGCCUCGACGGAGGAGGCGGGGGCUGCGGUGAAACCCCGCUGCCGGCGGCUCCUGCCGAGCGCACAUUGUUCUAGCCGCCGCGCUCCUAGUGGCGCGGCCCUCUCCCCUCCCUCUCCCCUCCCUCCCCAGGUCCCUCCUUCCUCGUCACCGGGCGGUGUAUAAAUCCCCUUCUCCGGCAUCUCCCCCCACCCACCGCGGGAGACCCUGGUACUUUAGCCCCCGGAGCGAGAACCCAUCGCCUCUGGAUCGCUGGGACUUUGCGCUUCCUCGCUGACCGCUUCCCCUCUACACACAGAUCGCCGCCCUCCCGCCUUUCCCGCACGCUUCCCGCCGGCCUCUUCGCUAGCAGCGCCAGGAUGUCGGAAAAAUGCGCCGAGGAGGCGCCGGCAGAGCUGAGCGCUAAGGAAGUGAAAGAAAAGAAGGCUAAAGUUGAGGAGAAAACGGUCCUCAAAGAGAAGAAGAAGGAGAUAGUGGAGGAGGAUGAAAACGGAGCUGAAGAGGCUGAGGAAGACAGUCCUGAUGAUGUGGAUGAUGAGGGUGGUGAUGAAGAAGAAGGAGAUGAGAAUGGGCAAGAGCAGGAUGGUCAUGCAGAGAAACGAUCUGCAGAGAAGGAAGAGGAUGAAGUGGAUCCAAAGAGACAGAAGACAGAAAAUGGAUCUUCAGCUUGAGUGCCCCCCUACCAUCUCUUCUGUUCCGUCCAUCUCCUCCAUUCCAGCCUCUGCUUGCACUGUCCCUUAGUCUCUGGCUUCACACAGUCUCAGAUGAGGGAAGAUUAGAUCUGCUCUCCAACAGGGAAGACAGCAUUUGCUUCUCACCUGAAGACUGAACCCAUCUGUGACAAUCCCCAGCUGAAAUUAUUCCAGCCCCCCACAUCCCUUCAGCUGUGCCCUACUCUUCCCUCAAAAAUCUCAUUUCCUGGGGCCUGGAAUGUCACCAUGCCAGCUCCCUGUGCCAGGCCUCUCAUGUGGCCAGCACCUCUCCUUCCCUUUUUGCUCAUCUGCUUUUUUUUUUUUUUCUAAAUUGUUGUUGUUUCUUUUCCUUUUUGUCACCAAUAUAACAGAUUCUUGACAUCAUCUGCUCCCCAGACCUCUUGUCAGAUACCCUCCCGGAGCCCAGGGGGUCACGGGCACAGAUUUCCUGCUGCGCUUUCUAACCCCGGGCCUCCUCUCGGCUGCUUUUCCACUCAACCCUGAGAGACACACACACAC